GUCGCCCAGAGGUCUCUCACGGCACACAUGACGCUUUUUUUCCACGCCACCCUCCCGUCAUUGCAGCUGGUAGGGCUGCUCCUUCUUUCGCGCAAUCACCGGCGUGUCCAGGCCUUUCGCGCCGGAAGCAGCUCCUCGAGUUUUAUUAGCAGAACGGGCCGAAGCCUCCCUCCUACGUCUACAACCGGGGGAGGCACCCGCGGCAGCACGCUGGCGGCCUCCUUCAACCCGUUCGCCGGCCUCGGCAAGAGCGUGAACAGCAUGCUCGCGGGGGCGACGGGGUCGGUGCCCGCCGACUUCGAGGACAAGGCUCCCUCGUGGGAGAGGCUGGAGGCGAUGUUGGAGGAGCGCCAGACGCCGGAGGAGAGGGAGGCGGUGGCGUUACGGGAGCGAGGGUACGGGCCCACCAGCGCCCUCGCCAACCUUCGCCUCUUCGAUGCCCCGGAGGGGACAGAACCUCGAGUCACCCUCUACCGGGAUCACGCGGGUUGGUGUCCCUACUGCGAAAAAGUCUGGCUCCUGCUCGAGGAGAAACGAAUUCCUUACAGGGUGAAAAAGGUACCGAUGCGGUGCUACGGAGACAAGCCGCGGUGGUUCAGCGAGGUCUCGCCUUCGGGGGCCGUGCCCGUGGCCGAGAUCGACGGGCGCAUCAUCUCGGAGUCUAACGUCAUCAUGCAGGUGUUGGAAGCGACGUUCACCGAGAACAACCCGCUUCUGCCCGCACCUGGCUCCCCCCAGGCGGGUCGCGCUGAAUCCCUGCUGGGGCUAGAGCGGGAGAUUUUUUCUGCCUGGUUCCGCUGGAUAACCAGCUCCAACCCAACCUCGGCCGCCUUCGAAGCGUCGGCAGAUAAGGUCGAAAAGGCGCUAAAGGACGGAGGCGGGCCGUACUUUUUGGGGAAAGAGCUAUCCUACGUGGACCUCAUGUACACGCCUUUCCUCGAGCGAAUGGCGGCUUCGAUCCCUUACUUCAAGGGGCUCGAGGUCAGGCGCAACCCUAGGUGGCCGAACAUGGACAGGUGA